AUGUCCUUCUACCACUACAAAGAUUACAUAGAAGAGGGCGAUAUGGUCUUGGCCUUCAUCAGCAGAGGCCUCCUCAAACCGUUGACCGUGACCAAGGGCGAGUUUCUCAACACGCGGUUCGGCAGCUUCGAUCACGACCGCAUGAUCGGCAUGAAAUACGGCUCGCAGAUGGGAGGCAUCAAGGACAAGGGCUUCGUCCAUCUCCUCCAUCCAACGCCCGAACUUUGGACCGUGUCGCUUCCCCACCGAACCCAGAUUGUGUAUACGCCGGACUCCUCGUACAUCGUGCAGCGCCUUGGCAUUUCCAGCGGCUCGCGGGUCAUCGAGGCCGGCACGGGAAGUGCGUCCUUCACCCAUGCGUUUGCCAGAACAGUGAGCCACGAGGGCAAGGUGUUCACAUACGAGUUCCACGAGCCGCGCUACUUGGAGGCCAAGAGGGAGUUGGGCCAGCACGGGCUCUUGCAGGAGAACUGCGUCAUCACGCAUAGAGACGUGUGCAACGACGGCUUUGACAUUGCCGGCUUGCCGGAUACAGAUCUCGUGGAAGGCCGGCUCAGUUGCGACGCCGUGUUCCUUGACUUGCCCUCGCCAUGGACCGCGAUCCCCAACUUGAAAUCCGUCAUUGCGGCCGACAGGCGCGUGGGCAUCUGCUGCUUCAGCCCGUGCAUCGAGCAGGUCGACAAGACCAUCGAGGCUCUUGAGAAAAACGACUGGACCGACAUCGAAAUGGUGGAGAUUGCCGGCCGCCGCUGGGAGGCCCGCAAGGAGAUGGAGCGGCACGUGCAGGACGUCAUCAAGCGCUUGAAGCACAUCCAGGGCAGAAAGUCCCAGGGGAUCGAGAGCAGACGGCUGGUGAGGGUGGAGCUGGCAAGCACGGCUGGCGAAAAGCGCCCGUUGAGUGAGGUGGAGCAAGACUCCGCGCUGCCGGAGCCGCACGGCUCCACGGGGCCCAGCUUCAAUCCCUUUGGCAAGGGGCUCCGCAUCCGCGAGGGCGACGAGCAGUUCAACUGGAAGCAGGUGACGAAGAUCGAGUCCGAGGUCAAGACGCACACGUCGUACUUGACGUUCGCGUACCAUGUGCCCAGCAAACAGGACGGGGUGCCCGGGCAAUAG